AUGUCAACUGCGUUAAAAUAUUGGUUCAAUAUCGGGAGUUUCUUCGAUGCAAUUCGACCGAACAUUCGCGCCCUACGGCUGUUCGGUGCGUUCCCGUUCUCCGUAUCCCGAACCGCAGCCGUUACUGAUCGCAACAGUUCGCGCACGAAGACACUGAAAGUGGAAGUUAAAUUUAUGGAUCUGGUCCUUUUUACCGUGUGGCAAAUAGUUUUUCUUCAAAUGCUUUACGCUUCCUGGACGAAGGCAUUCUUCGAGAUGCCAGUGUCUCGAAUCAUGAUCAUGGUCACGCUGCUGUUAUAUCUUAUCGGUGGUUUAAAUUGCUCCAUUUCGUCUGUAUUGGUGUUGGCUUUUCGGAAAAAAUUCAUACGCAUGGUAGAGUUAGUGGAGGAAACGGAUCACUUGUUUUACAAAUGUUGUGCCGCCAUUCAACACUCCAAAAUCCAUCUGGUGUGUGUCGUGCUCCUGUCGGCCGCGUUCUUCUUUCAAGUUUUACUGUUUCUAAACGAAUGCGUUGCCGGAAAGCUGUUUGCCAAAUACAUAUCCAGUCCGCGGAACAAGUCUAUGGAGGUGGCGUUCGUAUACUACUACGUCAUACGGACCGUACACGUAACCUGCGUGACCGCAUUCAUCGGUGGUCUGUACGGGUUUCGCGAACGACUUCUUACCCUCAACAAGCAGCUACGGUUCUGCUUUCUGGAGAUGCCCUCGGCAGACCCGGUGCCAUCGUUCGGUGAACUGAUGUGUCGAAUUCAAGGAUUUAUAGAAAUCUACAGCAAUUUGUGCGACGCCAUUCGAUUGUACUGCUCGAUAUUUGUGUGGCAGCCAGUGUUCUUUUGUGCCACGCUGAUAGUAGCAACAGUGUUUGCCAUCCUUUCGAUUGGGCACAUUUUCACCAACUCAGUGCCACUCGUACUUGCCAUGGUCAUGAUUUAUACGACUAUGGCCACGCUGUACAGUGUGCUCUUCCUGCUGCUGGUGAAGCUAGGAAAUGAUCUGAAACGAGAGGGCAGACAAACGGCCGUCCUCGUCCAUAAGGCAAUAAAUCAAUCAUCUAAGACACCAGCACUAGUGGAACGGCUCGUUCUCUUUUCACAUCACCUUCAACAUCAGCGGCCAGUUGUGUCCUGUGGUUUGUUUUGUUUCGACUGGACACUGGCACUUUCGAUUCUAUCCGCCAUUGCCACGUACAGUGUAAUUUUGAUUCAGUUUGAGCUGGGAGUGCCAAAAUUCUUCAUCAGUGGCAUAUUGCAACACAGCACGGACACAUUGGCAAACAAUCCUUGA